AUGGUGAACAUUCCGAAGUCGAGGAGGACGCUCUGCUCCGGCAAGUGCAAGAAGCACCAGCUCCACAAGGUCACCCAGUACAAGAAGGGCAAAGACAGUGUCCACGUGCAGGGUCGUAGGCGUUACGACAUGAAGCAAGCGGGUUUCGGUGGUCAGACCAAGCCCAUCUUCAGGAAGAAGGCCAAGACCACCAAGAAGAUCGUGCUUAAGCUCGAGUGCACCGUAUGCAAGAAGAAGCACUUCGCCAAGCUGAAGCGUUGCAAGACCUUCGAGCUCGGUGGUGACAAAAAGAGCAAGGGCUCUUCCGCCAGCUACUGA